GGGACUUGAUUGGUUCGAUCGUUUACAUCUGGCUGAUGUUCCACUUAGUUCUGUAUGCAACGCAGUUAACAAGGAUGAAAAUUCAGCCAACUCCUUUUCUGAUUUAUGCAAACUAUUCGCACCUGUUUUUCAGCCCGGAUUAGGUCACUGUACCUCGCUGCAAGCUACCUUUCGAGUAUUACCAGACGCAAAACCGGUUUUUCGCCCAAAGAGGCCAGUUCCAUAUGCAUCGGUACCAAAAGUUGACGAAGAAUUGGAGAGACUGCAACAACAAGGCGUAUUAACACCAGUCACGUACUCGGCAUGGGCAGCACCCAUCGUCGUUGUCAAGAAAGCGAAUGGGUCCCUACGUAUUUGUGCUGAUUUCUCUACUGGGUUGAAUGCUGCAUUAGAACAGCACCACUAUCCUUUACCUACACCGGAUGAUUUAUUCACUGUUUUAAAUGGUGGAUCUUAUUUUGCAAAACUGGACCUUGCUGACGCAUAUCUACAAGUGGAAGUAGCCCCAGAAUGCCGAGAACUCCUUACCAUUAAUACACAUCGCGGUUUGUUCCAAUACAACAGAUUACCUUUCGGAGUUAAAACUGCCCCAGCUAUUUUCCAACAACUGAUGGAUACUAUCUUGGCAGGUAUUCCGGGUGUUGCCGUCUAUCUUGAUAAUAUCUUGGUGGUAGCGAAUUCUAUAAACGAACUUUACAGCAGGACAGAAGCUGUGUUGUCACGCAUGCAGGACAACGGUCUACGACUACGCUCAGAGAAGUGUCAGUUCUCCUUGAGAUCUGUCAAAUACCUUGGAUUUAUAUUUGAUGCAUCGGGUAGACGUCCAGAUCCUGACAACAUACGUGCUAUAAAAGAGAUGCCCGCACCUACUGAUGUGCCUUCCUUACGCUCUUUCUUGGGAUUAAUUAGCUAUUACUCUGCAUUUCUCCCUGCGCUGCAUAAUGUUCGACACCCCCUCAAUCGACUACUCGAAAAGAAUGCAACCUGGAAAUGGUCCGAAGCUUGCAGAUCAGCUUUUGAAAAGUUGAAGUCUAUGUUAACUUCUGAAUUGCUUCUGACACAUUACAGUCCAUAACAAUAAUUUAGCGACGAGUACAUAACAG